UUCAGACUUUGUAAACUUUGAAAUUGAUAUUUAUUUAUAUUUAUUCAUUAACUAUGAAUUAAAUCCCCGUAUAAAAAAUCUUAAUAAAUUUAAUUUAAUAGAAUCAAAGAUUUUUUAAAUUUUUUCAUAAAUUCAUAAACUAACUUUACUUGAAAGUGUGCUACAUAGUCCGGGGUAGCGUUUACUCAAAUUUUAAACACAUUUUAACAAAAGUGAGGCUUUCCCUCUCUCCUCCUGCUCAAUCUGCGGCCGCGUUAACCGCCCACUGCAAAAAAAGGCUCCAUAACUCCUCACCGCGAUUCCCAGAUUGCACGAAUUGAGAAAAUGUCGUCUUCUGAAAAUAAUAACAACAAAUUGAGGAGUUUGAGAAUGACGACAUGGGAAGGUUGCAGCGUCUUGCUUGAUAUCAACGAUGGUGACCGUCUUGUUUUCGCCCGUCUCUACCCUGCAGCGAAAUUGAAGAUUGGAAAUAAGAAUUGUUCACUCCAGCCAUUGAUCGGUUGUCCUUUCGGUACUGUUUUUCAACUUGACACUUCUUCCGACAACGGUCCCUUUUUAUCACCCUUUCAACCCCAAGGUAACGUUAAUAACACUGAAGUAAUAAAAGAUGGUCAAUUCCAAGCUGAGUCAAAAGAUGGUCAACUCAAUGGUGAGUCGAAGGACAACCGGUCGUUGAUCGACAAUAAUACUUCCCAAAGCCUCACCGGUGAAGAUAUAGAAGACAUGCGAAGGCAGGGUGCUAAGGGUAAUGAAAUAAUUGAAGCUCUGAUUGCCAAUAGCGCAACAUUUGAUAAGAAAACAUCAUUCUCACAGGAGAAAUAUAGACUUAAGAAGCAAAAGAAAUAUGCACCAAAAGUACUUAUAAGGCGCCCCGUUGCUCGAAGUAUAUGUGAGGCCUAUUUCAAGAAGUAUCCAUUGAAAAUUGGAUUCUUGCGGGUGGACACAUUGUCCCUUCUACUUUCAAUGGCUAAUGUUUCUUCAAAUUCUGACAUUCUCGUUGUUGAUAUGGUUGGUGGCCUUCUUACUGGUGCUGUGGCAGAACGCUUAGGAGGCACUGGUUUUGUAUGCAACUCAUACCCUGGACAGGCACCCUCCAUGGACAUUGUGCGGAUAUUUAAUUUAAGUGAUGAAAUAUGUAAGAGAAUUGUAAGGUCUUCCAUUUCUGACUUGUUGUCACAAAAGGAAUCACCUCAACAAAAUCCGAAACAUGAUGUUGGCAGUGUUGAAAGUCAGUCAAAUGAUCAAAUGUGUGCAUCAGUCAGCAUGGAGGAAAUCUCUCAUUCAUCAGAAAAUGGAACUUCUGAUCUUGGCGCUGAGAAUAACACAUUUCCUGCUCUAAGAGCUUGCAAAGCUAUAAAAGCCGGAGAAAAAGCAUCUCAAGAAAUCAUUGACUCGUGGAAAGAAAAUGGUUUUUCUAGCCUAAUUAUCGCGGCACCAGACUCGGAUACUUGGACAUUGGUUAAAGACCUCUUACCACUUUUAUCAAACUCUGCCCCAUUUGCUAUUUAUCAUCAAUAUCUUCAGCCUCUAGCAACUUGCAUGCACAAUCUACAGCUUGAGAAAAUGGCCAUUGGAUUGCAAAUAACAGAGCCUUGGUUACGCGAAUACCAGGUACUUCCAUCAAGAACUCACCCUUUCAUGCAAAUGAGUGCAUUUGGGGGCUACAUUCUCAGUGGGACAAAGAUCUGUAGUAACUGCUGAUUCAUUUUUUUAUUUAUUUAUGUGGGCUGUAAUAUGAUUUUUGUACUUCAUAGCUUUUCUAUUUUAUUUCAUUUUUUUUUAUCUAAAAUUUAUAUUAGUUAAACUGUCACUUUUUUUUUAACUAAACACUUCUGUUAUAUUCCUCCAUAAAUCUUAAUAAUAGUAUAACAGUCAAAACUAAUAGUUACCUACCUCCACAAAACUAAUAGUUUUCUUUUCCUUUUUCAUCACAAAACUAAUAGAUGUUCAAAUAAUAUAUCUGUUGC